AAUCUGUAUAAAAAUCUUAUUUAAAAAGACUGGAAAUUAUUAUGAAAUAUUCAAAUUCAAUGCAAUUCGAAAAUGGAAUAAAAAAUUAAAUUCCCUAUUUCGAGCUAGUAGAGCUUUAUAAAGUACUUUCAAUUGAAUUAAAGACCACAACGAAAAUGCAUUUUGGUUUAUUUACGUUACUUCCAAUUUUCCACGCUUUUCUCAGCUCUAUACAUAGCGAUCAUAUAAACGAAUAUGCUGUGAUGUCCAGUUCUAAGGAUAUUGUCCAAGAAUUCGCCAGUCAUUCAGGAUGUACCUUUAUUCAGCAAGUAACAAGUGUUUACUACUUGAUUAGCUGCCCCGAAAGUAAAGAAAAAAUGAGUAUCGAAGAAAUUGCAGACCAGUUUAAGGAUGAGAUAAAAAGUAUAGAAUAUCAGGAUCUUCAUAAAAAUUAUCCUCGGACUGCCGACCCAAUGUGGAAAGGCAUGUGGAAUUUGAGGAGUGAAACCCAGCCUUCUAUGCAUGUUUUAGAUGCCUGGAACAGAGGGUAUAAUGGCUUGGGUGUAAACAUAGCGGUUAUUGAUGACGGAUUGCAAAUGGAUCAUCCAGAUUUACAAAGAAACAUCGAUGUCGCCAACAGUUAUGACUACAAUGGUAACGACACGGAUCCCUUUCCAGCAAACGUAUCUUAUGAUCAUGGAACGAAAGUUGCUGGCGUAGUAGCGGCAGAAGCAAACAAUGAUGAAUGCAUUGUCGGAAUCGCCUUUAAUUCUACAAUCAUAGGAAUAAGGCUGUUAGGAGAUGGCGGAGUUACAGAUGUGAAAGAAGCGUUAGCAUUGACUCAUAACAUGCAGGAGGUAGAUAUAUACGUCAACGCCUGGGGGCCUGCAGACCGGUAUGGUUACAGUAGACCAGGUUCAGUCACUUAUUCGGCCCUCCUAGACGCCGUCAACUCCGGAAGGAAUGGAAAGGGAAAUAUAUUUCUUUGGGCAGCUGGAAAUGGUGGCUUAGAUGACAACUGUAACGCUGAUGGUUAUGUAAAUCAAUUUUUUACAAUCCCCAUCACAAGUGUUGGAGCUGACGGCGUGGCCGCCUCUUACUCUGAGGUGUGUGCAUCUGUGUUUGCCGCAACGUAUUCGGGGACCUCACAGCAAUAUAAUAUGACGUCCACCACUACAGAAUCCAAGUGUGUUGAUGGAUUAAUAGGAACGUCAUUUUCUGUUCCACAAGCUGCUGGAAUAAUUGCCUUGGUGCUUCAAGCAAAUCCAUCUUUAACUUGGAGAGACAUGCAACACCUUAUUGUUGAAACAAGCAAGAGACAUAACCUACAAGACCUACCAGGCGGACGUUCCCUGUGGCAGAUUAACGGGGCCGGCUAUAACGUGAGUCAGAUUUUGGGUUUUGGCUUAAUGGAUGCCGAUGCUAUGGUAACAAAAGCAAAGACCUGGGUACCAGUUCCAGAGCAGAAAGUAUGCGUCACUGGAGAUUUUUCUAUUGAAAGAAGCACGGGACCAUCUUCUGCCGUUUCAAGUGAAAAGGAAAUCAGUACAAAAGGCUGUCCGAUGAACUCAAUUGAACACGUCGACGUAUUUGCCAAUUUAACAUAUUCCAACAAUAGGGGCGAUGUUCUUCUGUAUCUAGACUCGCCUGCUGGGACUCAUUCCAUAUUAAUGUCCCACAGACCGACUGAUUCUGCCAAAUUCCCAUCUGCUGGCUCUUUGAGAUGGUUUUAUUCAUCGGUACAUUUCUGGGGAGAGACAGUUGAUGGAACAUGGACGUUAAGAGUGGACUCAACUAAUCGUUCUUCUGUUCAAGUGACCUUGCACAGUUGGAGUUUAUACUUUUAUGGAUUCUAUAAAGAUAAUUCAAAAACCACGACAUCGAGUACAGAGACAAGCACGAGUGUAGAUAAGGAGACAAACUCGAGUGUGAAUAUCAUAACAAUAGCAGUUAUAGCUACAGUGGGAGUUUUAGCUAUUAUAAUAGUCUCCUUUGUUCUUAUACGAAAAUACUGCUCGGCUAGGUCCACUCCUAUGGGAGACCGAGUAGCUCCAAUAACGGCGUGAUACGGGAUACAGACACAGCUGGAAGUUAAGGAACUGUUACAGUAAAUCAGGAAUAAUUCAGAAACUAUAAUGUAUUUAUUGGAUUAUUAACUUUGAUUUUUCGCAUGAAAACAAGAAGGCAUAGAGUAAAGACUCGUGUUUAUUCUGUCAUUUUGUUGCAUAAGAUAUUGUAUUGCUUUACAACUGAAAUUUAUAUCUGUGAUUGACAGAUCUACAAACAAUGAAAUAAUAAAAUAUGUAACAUAAAAUUUAUUCAACCAAAGUACAUCAUUAAAUAUCAUUUGUAUCUAU